AUGACGACUCCCAGGAAUUCAGUGGUUGGAGCUUUCCCAGCAGAGCCUCUGAAAGGCCCCCCUGCUAUGCACGCUGCUCAGAAAGGGGUCCCUAGGAGGGCGCCCGCGGUGGUAGGCCCCACACAGAGCUUCUUCAUGAGGGAGGCGAAGGCUCUGGGGGCCGUCCAGAUCAUGAACGGGCUGUUCCACAUUGCCCUGGGCAGCCUCAUGCUGAUCCACGCGGACGUCUACAUGCCCAUCUGUGUAACCUUGUGGUACCCUCUCUGGGGAGGCAUCAUGUACAUCAUUUCUGGAUCACUGCUGGCAGCAGCGGAGAAGAACUCCACGCAGAGCAUGCUCACAGGAAGAGUAAUAAUGAACUCUUUGAGCCUCUUUGCUGCUAUUUCUGGAAUAAUUUUUUUGAUCAUGGACAUAUUUAAUAUGACAAUUUCCCAUUUUUUUAAAAUGGAGAAUCUGAACCUUAUUAAGACUCAGAUGCCAUAUAUUAACAUAAACAACUGUGAACGAGCUAACCCUGAUGAGAAUAACUCCCAGUCCAUGGAAUAUUGUGCCAGGAUACGGUUUGUGUUCUUGAGCAAUUUCGCAGUGAUGAUGAUCUUUGCCUUCCUCCAGAAACUUGUGACAGCUGGCACUGUUGAGAAUGAAUGGAAAAAAAUAUGCUCCAGACCCAAAGCUAACAUUGUUCUCCUGUCCGCUGAAGAAAAGAAGGAACAGGCGAUCGAAAUAAAAGAAGAAGCGGCUGAGCAGACUGAAAUAGCUUCCCUACCAAAGAACGAAGAAGACAUCGAGAUGAUUCCAGUCCAAGAGGAAGAGGAAGAAGCAGAAAUGAACUUCCCAGAGCCCCCCCAAGAUCAGGAAGACUCGCCAAUAGGAAACGACAGUGUCCCUUAA